CGAUGGGUAAAGCGAUAGUGUGCACUCCAUUUCCACGCGAAUAGACGGUAUGAUGUUGUCGAGUUCACGUCCUCCUGUGAUGUGCGUAUGCAGACCCACUCCCCCUUGCGCAGGGUCCAGGGCCUGCGCCCAUGCAACAGGCAAGCACAAUUCUGUGCGCCUUACCCAACAGCACGCCUUAACAUGCCUUCCGCUCCCUCCUCCGCCAUGCAGCGGACACAAUGAACAGCUUCAGUUCGCGCCCCUUCGCCCGCAACACGUCCAAAACCUUCCGGCCGGCAUUCGACUACUUGAGCAACAUCUCGCGCUCCGCCAUCCCGCUCCCAACAACCGCCAAACAAACAUCCAAAUUCAGCACAGCCGCCACGCACCGCCGCAAAACCACGGCCGACUCGAUCGAUGACACUGACGACGACACCGAACACACCGCAACCAUGGACAACAGACGCUCCCACUCGCGGCACAACUCGCAAGAAGCGGGGGGCCGCGCGCCCGCCGUCCCGUUCGUGGACAUGGGGUCCCGCAGCUCCUCGCCCUACCCGCGUUCCCGCAGCGCCGCCCAAAACGAGGACGAAGACGAGGAGUACGAGCUGAGCAGCAGCACGCGGCCGCUCGUGGGCGGCGGCAGGAGUACAGAGUACGAGAGAGGGAGCUGGAAGAUGAUGUUCCGGCAGGGCGGGCUGGGGAGUUUUCUGUUUGGGACGCGGGUUGGCUGGCAGAUUUGGAUCGGGGUGUUGGUGUUCUGGGUGGGCGGGUGUGGGUUUGGGCUGUUGCUUAUGAACCGGUUUGUUAUGCUUACGGGGGUGUAUAAAUUCCCGUUUCCGCUGACGGGUACGUACGUGCAGCUUGUCCUCACGCACUUGCUGCUCAUCGCCUUCUCCAGCCUGACGCGCGGUCUCGGCAGUCCGUUGAGGCGGCUGGGACUCGGCGCUGCUGUUGCGCCAGCGAUUCCGGUCGCGCCGCAGGGUGGUGCGUUCAGGAGCGUGAACACAAAGGCUGGGGUGGCGAGAUUCCUGCGCUGGCUGAGCAAUGGCUCGGGGGGCAUCGCGGGCGGUGGCCUGUUCGAGUUCGACUACAGCACCGCCAAACAGGUGCUUCCGCUGGCAGUCGUCUUCGUCGUCAAGGUCCUGCUCAGCAACUUCUCGUUUGCCUACGCACCCCUCCCCGUCUACCAACUAGCCCGCAUCGGCGUGACCCCCCUCUCGCUGCUCUUCUCCUGCAUCCUGCAAAAAGACAGCAUCUCCGGCUCCACCCUCUCCGCCGCCCUCAUCGCAACGCUCAACCUUCUCUUCGCGACCCUCCGCUCCAACGUCCGCGUAACAUGGGAGUCCAUCGUCGCCGGCGUCUUCUCCUCCUUCUUCGCCGCCCUCUACCCGAUCCUCCUUCUCCGCACAUACCGCACACUCCUCGCCGCCCUCGUCCCCCAAGACGGCGUGCUCUCCGGAUACCCGACGCGCAGCGACGAAGAAACCAACCGCGAAGAAACACGCGCACACUACCGCACUUUGCACUACACCUCCCUCCUCUCCAUCGCCCUACUAACGCCCAUCGUCCUCCUGUCCGGCGAGCUGGCCAACAUAUACCACAACAUCCCCUUCCUGGACGUGCCGUUUUUCUGGCUGAUGAUUUGGUGCGGCGCGAUUGGGAGUUGGGCCGUGUUUAGUAGUACCCUUGUGAUGGUCAAGGCGACGAGUCCGCUCAGCACGACGUUUGUUAAUGUGCCGAGGAGUGGGGUUCAACUGAUGCUGUUGAGCAUGUUUAAGAUGCCGGCGCACAGUUGGGUGGGCGUCGCGCUUUGUUGGGCGAGUAGUGUGUGGUUUGCGGUUAGUAGGAGCAGAGAGUCCGACAGGGUUAGGCUUGAGGGGAGAUGAGAGCGGGUUGGAAUGUAUAUACAGUGACAAACGCAAAGCAUUGGAGCCAGACGUCUGAGCCACAAACCGCGAGCUUGUGCAAGUUGCACCUCGCUCUCCCCAAACGCCCGCUUGCCAACGCUCAUUACUCCUCAC